AUGGCUGCAGAAAUAACUCCAGAUAGUGUAGUACCUAAUGAUGGACCACCAUCGCCUAAGAAGUUCAAAAGUUGCGAUGAGAGUGACGGAAAUGAGGUCAUACAAACUGUAACUCCUAAUGAUAUCGGCAAGAAAAGAAAAGUUGCUUUGUUGCUAGGCUUUUGUGGUGCUGGAUAUUUUGGUAUGCAGAGAAAUCGGGGUACUAAAACAAUUGAAGAGGAUCUAAUAAAUGCCCUAUUUAAAGCCGGUGCCAUACCUGAAGCAGCGAAAGAGCACGAACAAAAGAUGGCAUUUCAACGUGCUUCCAGAACUGAUAAAGGUGUGCAUGCUGCUGCGCAAGUUGUAUCAUUUAAAAUGUUUGUGGUUGAUGAUGUCAUUGCUAAGAUCAACUCUCAUCUGCCGCGAGAGAUACGCGUUUUUGGUCAUUUUCGAGUUACCAAGGGUUUUAAUUCUAAAACAGCAUGUGAUGCCAGAACAUAUAAAUACGUAAUGCCUACAUAUGCCUUUGCAAAUAAGGAAAAGAAAAAUAUGUAUAUCUUGGUAAUAGAAGCAACCAUAAAGCACGUUCGGGAUAUACUGGCGAUGUACGUUGGAACACGAAAUUUUCACAAUUUUACGUCAAAAAAAGCUUAUGAAGAUGACAGUGCUAAGAGAUAUAUUAUGCAAUUUGACUGUGGUCUCCCUUUUGUGCGAAAUAACCUGGAAUUUGUUACCCUUACUGUUAAGGGACAAAGUUUUAUGCUUCAUCAGAUUCGUAAGAUGAUCGGUCUUAUGAUAGGCAUAGUACGUGGAGACGCAACGAUUGAAGCAAUGGAAAAAGCAUGGGAGAAAGAUAGGGUUGAUAUACCGCGUGCACCUGGAUUAGGCUUGAUGUUGUAUCAGCUACAUUAUCAUGCAUAUAAUAGAAAGAUCGAGCGUUUAGGAAUACAUUCAGCUAUUGAUAACACGAUAUUUGAUAAAGAGAUUGAAAAAUUUACGGAUGAAUGUAUUAACGAGCAUAUUAUCCAGAAGGAAACGAAAGAAUUUUGUUUCUUAAAGUGGCUCGAAUCUUUAACCUAUCAUUCAUUUGAUGACCAACCACGUUCCGCACGUGAUCAGACUUUAGAAAAUCCUUCUAAAUGUAAUAAUGACUCUAAUUCUGGUAAAGAGAUGGAAUAG